AUGGAACCUUACGCCGAUGAAUUGUUUUGGUUGGUUAUUUGUGGGUUUGUGGUGGCGUUUAUAUUAGCUUUCGGUAUUGGCGCAAACGAUGUUGCCAACUCCUUUGGCACCAGCGUCGGCUCCAAAGUUCUAACACUCACUCAAGCUUGUAUACUUGCUACUAUAUUCGAGAUCGCCGGUGCUGUAUUAAUUGGGUACAAGGUGUCAGAUACAAUGCGCAAGGGCAUCCUGGAUGUUUCACUGUACGCUGAUGGCGGGGAGCGACUUCUAGCGGCGGGUUGCUUGGCAGCGCUCAUUGCGGGUGCUGCGUGGCUCAUCCUUGCAACGGCCCUUCGUCUGCCCGUCUCGGGGACCCACUCUGUCGUAGGCGCAACAGUGGGAUUCACUCUGACUGCCAAAGGUCCCGUUGGCAUUCGCUGGUCUACUCUCGGAGCCAUUGUGCUGUCAUGGUUCAUUUCACCGGCUUUAAGUGGUGCAGUAUCCGCCUUGCUGUUUUGGCUUGUGAGACGAUUCAUUCUGCGCGCGCCCGAUCCCCUCGUGUCUGGGCUCCGCGCCCUGCCCUUCUUCUACGGUGCAACUGUCGCCGUCAAUGUGAUAAGUGUCGUGCAUGAUGGCCCUAAACUACUUUCCAUGGACAAGAUACCGAUGUGGAUAGCUUUGGCGGGCUCCAUAGCACUCGGUGUUCUCGUGGCCGGUCUCGUACGCCUAUUUCUGGUGCCGUAUUAUCGCCGAUGUCUGAGCCCAGCCGUCAACUUCACACUAGGACAAUCGAACGAAACUACACCAGCAAAUACUCCAACUCAUUUUAACAAAACCAGUAUGCCGCAGCGUCCAACGUCUCUAUUAUCGGACGACGGGAAACUUCUCGAAGCGAUAGCGGAGAGUGCUGAAAUGGUGACAUUGAGCGACGCUGACAAAUGUUCCAUGGGUGUGAGGGAGAUGAACGCGAGGAACCGGGCGCUGCUUGCCACUAUGGACGAUUGCAGCAUCCUCUCGAGAAGCUUGAGCCCUCCCAACAAAUCUCGGCUUCAGUUGAUUGACGCCGAUCCGCAGAUCAAUACGUUGAAGUACAUCGACGAAACGAUAAGUUGCUGUAAGAGUUUGGAUUCCUCCCAGCUGGCCGGUAUGGGCGAGAGCUACGGUUCUGGCUCAAGGAAUGGAUUCCUUGGCGACUCUUGUGAUACGAUAGCCCGUGGAGAGUUCAAUAGGUUAGCUGCUACGAAGGGUCUGCCACCUGCUGCCGAAUUUGAUACGCCACCACCUCGUCUCGAUAAGGGCCCCGACGGUGGGAGCGCUUGGAGCGUCGAGUGCGACGGACGGGCGGCGCGGCUGCCCGCGCUGACGCCCAACUCGAGCGCGGCGCCGCUGAUACGGGCGGCUAGCCCGCGCCGCGCGCCGCCACCGCCCCCCCCGGACACGCUGCGCCUGUUCUCGUUCCUGCAGGUGCUCACGGCCACCUUCGGCGCGUUCGCUCACGGCGGCAACGAUGUCAGCAACGCCAUAGGGCCGCUGGUGGCUCUGUGGCUGCUGUAUUCGGAGGGGGGUGCGCACGCGCGCGCCGAGACUCCGUUGGCCAUCCUCGUCUUCGGAGGCGUCGGCAUCGCCCUCGGCCUGUGGCUGUGGGGCCGCCGCGUCAUACAGACGGUGGGGGAGGACCUCACCAGCAUCACGGCCGACACCGGAUUCACCAUAGAACUGGGCGCUGCGUUGACAGUGCUGGUGGCGAGCAAAGCGGGUCUGCCCGUCUCAACGACACAUUGCAAAGUCGGAUCUGUUGUUUGCGUCGGAUAUUUCUCGGAGAAAGCAGUGGAUUGGAGUUUGUUUAGAAACAUCAUAUUUGCGUGGGUUGUAACUGUGCCAGCGGUCGCGGCAAUGGCGGCGCUUUCGAUGCUUGCUUUAGAAGCCUUCGUUGUU